GUAGAGAUGGGGUUUCACCAUGUUGGCCAGGCUGGUCUUGAACUCCAGACCUCAGGUGAUUCUCCUGCUUCAGCCUCCCAAAGUGUUGGGAUUACAGGCAUGAGCCACCGUGCCUGGCCCAUGGGUAUGAAUUUCUGCCUGUGUGUGUCUUCUUUUUUUUUUUUUUUUUGAGAUGAAGUCUUGCUCUGUCACCCAGGCUGGAGUGCAGUGGCGCUAUCUUGGCUCACUGCAACCUCCACCUCCUGGGUUCAAGCAAUUCUCCUGCCUCAGCCUCCCGAGUAGCUGGGAUUACAGGCGCCCGCCACCACACCCAGAUAAUUUUUGUAUUUUUGGUAGAUAUGGGGUUUCACCAUGUUGGUCAGGCUGGUUUCGAACCCCUGACUUCAUGACCUGCCUGCCUUGGCCUCCCAAAGUGCUGGGAUUACAGGCAUGAGCCACCGCGCCCGGCCCAUGGGUGUGAAUUUCUGCCUGUGUGUGUCUUUUUAGCGUAUGUGUGUCUCCAUAUCUGCCAUCUGCAGGAGCACCUCAGUUUCAUUAUCUUGCUCCCUGUCUAUUGGAGUGUAUCUCUCUUCCUCUCUGUGUGACUUUUUGUGUUUAUGUGUGUGUUUAGUGUGUGUCCAUAUUUUCCUGUUCUCUUGUGUCUCUCUGCUCUCUAUGUCUCUCUUUUUCUUUCUGUUUUUUGAGACGGAGUCUCCCUCUGUCACCCAGGCUGGAGUGCAGUGGUGCGAUCUCGGCUCACUGCAACCUCUGCUUCUGAGGUUCAAACGAUUCUCCUGCCUCAGCCUCCCGAGUAGCUGGAAUUACAGACACAUGCCACCAUGCCCAGCUAAUUUUGUAUUUUUAAUAGAGACGGGGUUUCACCAUGUUGGCCAGGCUGGUCUUAAACUCCUGACUUUACGUGAUCCACCCGCCUCGGCCUCCCGAAGUUUUUGGAUUACAGGUGUGAGCCACCUCGCCCGGUCCUAUCUCUCUUUCUUCUCUUUCUCCCUCUCACUUUGUUUCUCUUCUCUCUCUCUCUCCCGCCUCCUUCCCCCGUCUCCCCUCCCUUCCCCCCACCGCCCUCUUCAUAGCUGAGCCUGUCCGGCAGUGUGGCGGAUGUACGGAUGAUUCAGUGGCUGGCAGGAAGCCCGCCCUGCCCGCCCGCCAGUGUCAGUGGUGUUGGCAUCAGCUCGGGCAGGUGUGCGGGCUCAGGAUGGGGCGGCCGUGGUGAGGAACCCUGGAUUCUCAGAGAUGGAAUUUCACCGUGUUGCCUAGGCUGGUCUCGAGCUCUUGAUCUCAAGCGAUCCUCCCUGCCUCGGCCUCCCAACGUGCUGGGAUUACAGGCGUGAGCCACUGCGCCUGGCCAGGGUCUGUUCCUAGUUGCAACAGUUCUUGGAAACCCACUCGAGAGGGCCACGCCUCCAUUCACCAGGCCACGCAUCACAAGAGGCAACACCAGGAGCCAACAUGAGCUCGGGGACUGAACUGCUGUGGCCCGGAGCAGCGCUGCUGGUGCUGUUGGGGCUGGCGGCCAGUCUGUGUGUGCGCUGCUCACGCCCAGGUGCAAAGAGGUCAGAGAAAAUCUACCAGCAGAGAAGUCUGCGUGAGGACCAAGAGAGCUUUACGGGGUCCCGGACCUACUCCUUGGUCGGGCAGGCAUGGCCAGGACCCCUGGCGGACAUGGCACCCACAAGGAAGGACAAGCUGUUGCAAUUCUACCCCAGCCUGGAGGAUCCAGCAUCUUCCAGGUACCAGAACUUCAGCAAAGGAAGCAGACACGGGUCGGAGGAAGCCUACCUAGACCCCAUUGCCAUGGAGUAUUACAACUGGGGGCGGUUCUCGAAGCCCCCGGAAGAUGAUGAUGCCAAUUCCUACGAGAAUGUGCUCAUUUGCAAGCAGAAAACCACAGAGACAGGUGCCCAGCAGGAGGGCAUAGGUGGCCUCUGCAGAGGGGACCUCAGCCUGUCACUGGCCCUGAGGACUAGCCCCACUUCUGGUCUCUGUCCCUCUGCCUCCCCGGAAGAAGAUGAGGAAUCUGAGGAUUAUCAGAACUCAGCAUCCAUCCAUCAGUGGCGCGAGUCCAGGAAGGUCAUGGGGCAACUCCAGAGAGAAGCAUCCCCUGGCCCGGUGGGAAGCCCAGACGAGGAGGACGGGGAACCGGAUUACGUGAAUGGGGAGGUGGCAGCCACAGAAGCCUAGGGCAGACCAAGAAGAAAGGAGCCAAGGCAAAGAGGGACCACUGUGCUCAUGGACCCAUCGCUGCCUUCCAAGGACCAUUUCCCAGAGCUACUCAACUUUUAAGCCCCUGCCAUGGUUGCUCCUGGAAGGAGAACCAGCCACCCUGAGGACCACCUGGCCAUGCGUGCACAGCCUGGGAAAAGACAGUUACUCACAGGAGCUGCAGGCCCGUCACCAAGCCCUCUCCCGACCCAGGCUUUGUGGGGCAGGCACCUGGUACCAAGGGUAACCCGGCUCCUGGUAUGGACGGAUGCGCAGGAUUUAGGAUAAGCUGUCACCCAGUCCCCAUAACAAAACCACUGUCCAACACUGGUAUCUGUGUUCUUUUGUGCUAUGAAUUUGGAUUCCUAAUUGCUAUUGUUGGUUGCUGGGGUUUUAAAUGAUUGAUAAGCUUGUACAGUUAACUUAUAGAGGGGGAGCCAUAUUUAACAUUCUGGAUUUCAGAGUAGAGAUUUCUGUGUUGUCUCCUAGAAAGCAUUACAUGUAGUUUAUUUCAGCAUCCUUGUUGGGUGGGGCCCUGGCUCUCUUCCCCUUUGGUGGGACCUCCCCUUUCUUUGGGCUUCAGUUCACUCAGGAAGAAAUGAGGCUGUCGCCAUCUUUAUGUGCUUCCAGUGGAAAUGUCACUUGCUACAGACAAUAGUGCAUGAGAGUCUAGAGAAGUAGUGACCAGAACAGGGCAGAGUAGGUCCCCUCCAUGGCCCUGAAUCCUCCUCUGCUCCAGGGCUGGCCUCUGCAGAGCUGAUUAGACAGUGUUGUGACUGUCUCAUGGGAAGAGCUGGGGCCCAGAGGGACCUUGAGUCAGAAAUGCUGCCAGAAAAAGUAUCUCCUCCAACCAAAACAUCUCAAUAAAACCAUUUUAGUUGAAAA